AAAAAGAAAAUUCAACUUGAUGAUUCAAUUCAACGCCACCAGUGAUGGCAUAAUAAUCACGUUUGAUUUUGACCAAUGGGACGUAUAAUAAUAUUACGGAUUUCAUUAUUCCACCAAAUCCCUUGUUGCUUUUCUUUAUAUUCUCUUUCCAAUGAGGUGCAGAUGGGUUAGACGCAGGCCAGAAGAGAUCCAAACCUCUUCCUUCUGUUUUUUCUCUUCCUCUCUUUCUGGGUUUUAAGCUCUAAAUUAUUAAAGGGAAAGAAUGGAUCAUCUCGCCCAUGUUUCUAACCAACCAAAUACUCAGCCCCAAUCUCAAAUUUCUCAUUUGGCUCUCGACAUUGGAGGUUCUUUGAUCAAAUUGGUGUAUUUCUGUAGAUAUGAUGAUAGUUGUAGAGAUGAUGAUGAGCUAAGGUCCCAAAAUGAAAGCCUUGGUUCCAAAAGUGAUAACAGCCGACCUGUUCUUGGAGGAAAGCUUCAUUUCGCAAAGUUUGAAACUAGCAAGAUAAAUGAUUGUUUGGAGUUCAUUCACUCCAUGAAACUUCACCUUGGUGGUUUCCAUGACUGCACUGCCCCUUCCAGUGACAAGAUCUUUAUAAAGGCAACAGGCGGUGGUGCCUACAAAUUUGCUGACCUUUUCAAAGAAAAGCUCAGUGUCAGUCUUGACAAGGAAGAUGAAAUGGAGUGCCUUGUGACUGGUGCAAAUUUUUUGCUUAAGGCAGUCCACCAAGAAGCUUUUACAUACUUGGAUGGUCAGAAGGAAUUUGCUCAGAUAGACCCUAAUGAUUUAUAUCCUUAUCUUCUUGUUAACAUCGGGUCUGGUGUUAGCAUGAUAAAGGUGGAUGGAGAUGGCAAGUUUGAGCGAGUUAGUGGAACUAGCCUUGGAGGUGGCACCUUUUGGGGUUUGGGAAGGCUUUUGACAAAGUGCAAGAAUUUUGAUGAGUUACUGGAGCUAAGUCAUCAGGGAAAUAAUAGAGUUAUAGAUAUGCUUGUUGGUGAUAUCUAUGGUGGAACCGACUAUGCAAAGAUCGGUCUCUCAGCAACAACAAUUGCUUCCAGCUUUGGCAAGGCCAUUUCUGAUAAUAAAGAGCUGGUAGAUUACAAACCUGAAGACAUUUCCCGCUCCCUUCUUCGAAUGAUUUCAAAUAAUAUUGGUCAGAUAUCUUACUUGAAUGCACUUCGGUUUGGCCUUAAGCGGAUAUUUUUUGCCGGUUUUUUCAUUCGGGGUCAUGCCUAUACUAUGGACACUAUUUCCGUCGCUGUUAAUUUCUGGUCCAAAGGUGAGGCUGAAGCAAUGUUUCUACGGCAUGAAGGUUUUCUUGGGGCACUAGGUGCAUUCAUGAGCUAUGAGAAGCAGUGUCUUGACGGCUUGACUGUCAAUAAAAUACCGCAAAGGUUCCCCAUCAGUGUAUCCUCUGCCGGCAAUAAGAUUUAUUGCUCAAUGAACGGUAAAUCAAAUGGCAAUGGCAACGAAAGUAUUGAGUGUACUGUAUACGGAACAUAGAGAUACAGCAUACAAGACAAAGUGAUUCUUGUGGAAUAUCUAGGUAACUGUACAAGAGAGAAACUCUCCAUUCGGAGAACAUGUAUUACAUUAUAGAUAUAUAUUGUAGGACCGGUCAUUUCAACAGAAACCAAUGUGAAGAUACAAUAAAAGAGUUGCAACUCACAAUUAGACAAGAUUGUCUUACAUCUCCCUUCAUUGUAGAUUACAUGUACCAUAUAUGUAUUGCUUUUUUACUUUCUUCUAAUGAAAUUAUUCUCUUUAAA